UGCCACCGAGCAGGUUUGCCAGCAGCGGGCUGUGGUUUAUAUAGAAUGAACCGUGAUGGGGAACCAGGAUAACGCGCACAGAGCGACAAGAUUCUAGCUAAUGUUUAUUUGUUUUUGCAUCACCAACGUCUUCAACCACCUGUUUAUUUUGAUAUAACUUCGACAACAGCAGGGAGGAUCCGUGCGUAAUUUUGAGGAAAUGUCUUUCCAGUGUGGAGGACGGUGUCGUGGCGGUCUGUGAUGUGUGCUGACUGGUAACAGGUGGAGCUCACACACUGCGGAUCGCGUUACGCGGUGGAGUCGGAGCAGCGGGAUGGGAAACCAAGCGGACAAGAUUGCGCAUUUAAGUUACGCAGGAGUUCCCACGGUGGACCCCAACGGCCUGGACCUGGAGGAGGGUCCUCGGAUCGGGGUUUCUUACAUCUUCUCGAGCGACAACGAUGAGCUGGAGGAGCACGUGGUCGAGAAGGACCGGAACCGGGAAGAGAAGCCCUACGACAGACGCGACGAGGUGGAGUGCGCCGUAUACCACCGUGGAGACUGCAUCUACGAGAAGAGCCUCGUGUCCAACGACUUGGAGUCCCACACCCCGGAGGACCUCCUCCACAGAUGCACAGCGGGGGACCUGGUGGAAUUCGUGGCCGCCGGCCAGCCCCCCCACUGGGCUGUGUAUGUGGGACAUCUCCAAGUGGUGCACUUGCACAGAUGUGAGGUCAAAAGCAGCUUCCUGACGGACGCCAGUCAGGGAAGGAGGUGCAGGGUGGUGAACGAGCUGUACAGGUUCAGGCCCCUCGGUGCAGACCUGGUGGUCCAGGCGGCUAUGGAGCAGGUGGGCCUGAAGGACCGGGAGCUGAGCUGGAGGAGCUCCGAGUGCUUCGCCGCCUGGUGCAGGUUUGGGAAGCGAGAGUUUAAGACGGGUGGGGAGAUAAGGAUCGGAAAACAGCCAUACCGCUUGAAGAUGAUUCUGUCCGAUAAACAUUGGCACAAUCUGGAGUUCCAGAGUCUAGACGAUGUGAUCAUGGAGAAGAGAAGGAACGACCACCUGGGCAAGAGCGCCGUGCUGCAGGAGCUGGCCCAUCACUUCAGCAGUGUUGAGGUGAUCAAAAGCGAGGGGUGAUCAACAGUAUGGGGUGUUCAGAAAUGACAGGGUUAAACAAGUAGAUUUUUUAAUAGAUUUUCUGAUGGAUGGAUUCCCCUGUUAACAACUUAGCCUUUACCAAACGUAAUUUUUGAUACCCUUCAUUUGAUCCUUAACAAACCAUUUUGUGAUUUAAUUUCAAUUGUCCAUUUUUCAAUAUAACUUGAUGUUAAGAUCUUCUCGUAUGCCUACAACGAUGUGCAGAUGCCUUAAAGCCAGAAUCGUCAAUCCUUUAUGCAUAAUUAGCCUACAUGAUACAUUCAUUGGCUACAGUGUAGUCUGAAUGGUAUGACAUUGCCUUACAGGUCUUUUUGCAGGUGUCUUGCAUGACGACAAGAAAUGUGACAGUUUGAUUGUUUUUCUGUGAUAAUGUUUUCUUUUAAGGCCAAAUCCCUGCUUUGCCCAAACAUGUUAUUGUUCUCUUUUUGCACCAGCAUCCGUCUUGAAUUAGGCUGACAAUGUUAAAUUGACUAAUUGACCAAUGGUCAAGGUGUCUGUCUGUCUGUCUGUGUGGAAAGGCUAUGCAGUAUUUCCUUUACCAAAUGCUUGCUUAAAUUCCAUGGGAUUGCAGCCUAUCUGAAUGUAGCCUAAUAACCGUUUUCUUGAGCAUUUAAUGAAUAUUGAGCCAUACAUACUGUAUAGCUCUAUAUGUUUAUUCUCAUCAGCCCCAUAUGUAAUAAACUAUUUUUUGGGCAUGAAAAAUGAGGUUCUCUACUAAUGUACUACUGUUUUUUUGCGGAAUGUGGAAAAUGUGUCCUUAAAAUGUCGGUGGGGUCAAAGGGGUGUCAGGGUGACUUUGAAGAGUGGUGUGGCAGACACUUUGUUCUGUUGUAAAAUAAGUGCUAUGUCUAUAAAAGGAAACUUUGUGUUAUUUGUACAAUCGUACAGCCAGUGUUUAGGGUUCCCGCCUCAGGUCCUUGUUUUUAAACUCUUAUGUUUCAACAUGAAUAUAUUAAUUCUGUAGGCUUUGUGAAACCAAUUAACAUUGUUUAAAAUUGUUAAUGGGCAUCCUUGAAAGUUUGUUUUAAGACACUUAACGCUCCGUUUCAUCAUAGUGACCCACUUCAUAUUUUUGUAAUAUUGUAUAUUUAGUUGAUCUUUUCAAAGGGAAUAGACAUGCAAAUAGAACUAACACUGUUGCCAGGCUUCCAAAAAUAAGGGAGAUCUUGUCUAACAAAUACCUGUUUUUUUCAUUUAAUUCAUACCAAAGUGCUUGCGAUUAACUCCGGAUAUAAUGAAGGGCCAUCAUCAUCGCUUUGCUUAUUCUGUUUACUCAACUACAUUCCUUGGAUUGGAUUGGAUAAUCACACCAAAUGUAAUUUAGAAAUCAUCGAAAUCAUUAAGCAGUUAAAGGCACCCAGUGCAACUUUGUCAACAUUCAAUGAAAAAUAAACAUUCAAUUUCUAGUCUUUUUUACACGUAGUAAGUUUCAAUAACUCCAUACCAUUACAUAUCGACAUUCAAGGAGCAAAGAUGAGACGUCGUUGUGUGGUGAGAACUGAUAGAAAAUCGUAAACAACAACAAUCGCCGGUGGGGAGAAGCCAUUUUUCCAUUGACUGGAAGCCUGCUUUAUUUAUUGUAGGUUACAAAAAAUAAAGAAAAUGGCGGCAUUGUUGUUAUCGAUUUUUUAUCAGUUCUCACCACACAACGACGUCUCAUCUUUGCUGCUUGAAUGUCGGUAUGUAAUGGUAUGGAGU